GUCAGUCGGGGAACGCCGAACGGACAACCCAGCACGGGCCCUUUGCAGGCGUGAUGGUUUCGGCGUGCGUGCAGCGACCGGGACGACGCGUUCGCCGGAUUCUCUGCUGAGCGGGCCACGCUUCUGAUCUGACCUGUCGGCUAGGGCGUCGGUGUUCGCGCGCCUGUGCCUCGUUGAAGGGCGACCUCGGAGGACCUGUUCGUGUCAUCUGCCUGUUCGGUGCGCCCCACGUGAGUUCGUCGCUCCGAAGAGAGGGGUCGGUGUGGCUGCCUGAACCGAGCACGGCGAAGACCUCUGCUCGUGAUCGGAUAAGCUCGACAAGCGCCGGGCUUGUUGAGCCCAGAGGGGGAAGAGGUGUGCUGUGCGCCAAGUUACGACCGCUUGCUUCCCUGGUCCACUGCGCUUGUGACUGCACUGACCCGGUGCCCAUUUCGGAAUACAAGUGCCUUCGGAAAGUAACGGGUUUCCCCAGCAGGGUGGCGCGGCGACCGCCAUGUCCGAGCUGGAGAAGAUCAAGAAGAGCCUGCUGAAGUGCGCCAACGGCGACGGGCCAGCACUCUUCGAGGACCCAGACUUCCCGGCCAGCCAGAGCUCCGUCUUCUACCACCAGACUCCGCCCUUCAAGUUCACAUGGCUCAGGCCUAAGGAAAUUUGCUCCAGUCCGCAGUUUGUCUCCGAUGGUCCAUCGCAGUUCGACAUCACUCCUGGCAAGCUGGGCGACCGCUGGUUUGUGUCGUGCCUGGGAGUGCUUGCAACAUGCCGAGGACUGUUCUACCGCGUGGUUCCGGCAGACCAGGGUUUCGGCGAGGCGGACGAGUACGUGGGACUGUUCCGCUUCCGGCUUUGGUGGUGCGGAGACUGGAAGGAAGUGAUCAUCGAUGACCGGCUACCCACCGUCAACGGGAAGCUUGUAUUUGUCCAGUCCGGUCACGGCUCGCUCUUCUGGGCUGCAUUGCUCGAAAAAGCAUACGCAAAGCUGUACGGAUCAUACGAAGCACUGAAGUACGGCAGCAGCGUGGACGGUUUGGCCGACCUCACGGGCGGCGUGACGGAGACGCUCAACAUACGCGAGGACCCGAGCGGCUGUGCGCGAACGCUGGCCGGCUCGCUGCUCGCUCGCACCACUCUCGUCACGGCGGUCGUACAGCAACAGCACACGCAGUCACGGACGUCACCAGAGAAAAUGGCCAAUGGAAUCUGCCUCGGCACAAACUACAGGAUACUCGCAUUCCAGAAGGUGACCACGGCGGGAGGCGAACAAGUGCAGCUCGUGAAGCUGAGGAAUCCCUUCGGUGUCGGAGCAGACUACAUCGGCAGCUGGUCGUUAGAAUCCCAGGAGUGGGACAAGGUUCCGCCGGAGGAGCAAGAAAGGCUGAACUACAAGAGCCCCGCGGAAGGAGAGUUUUGGAUGUCUUACCAGGACUUCAUGAAGACGUUCACCUCUCUCGAAGUGGCUCACCUGGACAGUGAGACGAGUCGCGACGAGCUAAGCCUACGCGACAAGACGCCCUGGCAGAUGAAGGUCUGGAAGGGCCACUGGCAAAAGGGCGUCACAGCCGGCGGAUGCCGGAAUAACACCGACACCUUCCACAUCAAUCCGCAAUUCCAGCUGAUUCUAUCCGAGUCGGAAGAAGUAGUCAUCUCUUUAAGUCAAGAUGCAGUCAUUGAGCCUAAAGUCAUGGGCUUCACUAUUUACCAGACACCGAAGCCACCGAACGACGCCCUGGACAAAGCCUUCUUCAAGAAGAACAAGUCACUACUCAGUUCCCAGUACAGUAACUGCAAGCAGGUGUCCGUCAGGUGUGUCCUGGAGCAAGGAGGCUACGUUCUGCUCCCGACCACUUUCGAACUGGGCCAAGAAGCUUCUUUCACACUGCGCGUCUUCUCGGGAAAACCGACGAAGCUAAAGCUCAUCGACAGCCAACCGAGCACGGUGAAGCCAGCCAUCAUGAAGGCGCCGCCUUCCUUCGACAGCAAGAUCAGUUCGUACGAAGCCGUUUUCCUGCAAGUUGCGGACGAGCACUCCUCGGUCAACUGCUUCGAACUGCAGGAGUUGCUCGAAGCCUGCCUCCCGAAUGAUUACGUAAAGAGCUGCGCAACACUAGAAGUUUGCCGGCAAGUCGUCAUGGCGCUGGAUACAACGGGUAUGGGAAGGCUGAGGUACCAGGAGUACAAGAACUUCAUGUGCAGCCUCAAGUACUGGCAGAGCACCUUCAAGAAGCACACACGUGGCACGGCGGGAAUCCUGAGGGCCGAGAAGCUGCGCGACGCCAUAGUGGACGUAGGUUUUCAGCUCAACACGGAGAUUCUCUCUAUGCUGAUGCUGAGGUACAUGAGGAAAGACGGCACGUUGCGGUUCGGGGACUUCGUGUCUUGCAUCCUUCACUUGUCCGUCGCCUUUGCGACGUUCGAGAAAAAAGAUCCUCUUCAAAAUGGUUUCAUCAAGAUGACGCUUGCCGAGUGGCUCAAGACGUCUUUGCAGUGCUGAUCAAGGACUUCCGGACACCCUUGGAUGACACCGCUCAAGGCUGAAGUAAACAUAGAGAAGAACGGCGUGCGCGACCUACACGACCAGGCUUCGCUUCCAUCUAGCUCGAGAAUCCGGGGCAAAGAACUUUACAAUCCGCCGGGACUGAGCUCGACAUGUGAAUCAAAACCUGUGAUUAUAGAGGGCACAGUGCAUGAUAUGCCGCUAUGAAGUGAUGUGCCAUUGAAUCAGGGACGCACUCGGAGCUCUAAAUAAUAACAAUUAAGCUUUACAGAUGACAUACUUCAAGUUAUCAACAGCAGUCCAAAUAAGAAUGUUUCCGGAGUCAACGUUUCGACAAGGGGACUUAUCCUCGAUGAAGACAAGUCACGUUAACGAAACGUUGCCUCCAGAAACGUUCAUUGUUCGAUCACUAUUGAUAAAUUAUAAGUCGCCGUCUUCCUGUGUACCUCUAUCUUGUUCGGAUUGACUACAAGUUGUAAUAACAUGUAAAGCGAGAUUUUGAAGUGAGAUAAAAUGUUCGCCUUUAGGGUAAGGUGAAAUUAAGUCUUAUCAUAGAAGCCUAUAGCGUUGAAUGUAACAUCCGAUUUGAAAGCAUCGCAGAGUCUGCGGCUUUUGGUAAAUGUUCAAACACGGUGAGUAAUAAGGUAGCUAAAAACGCAUUGUAAAACCUUCCUGAGUAAGGAUAACGGGCUUCCCGAAAACCUUGAACCUGAGCGGAUUCUGUCUUUCACGAAGAAAAUGAGUUUAUAUGUGUUUCGAGGUAUGUUGUUCGACACAAAUUGUUUGACACUUAUUAAGCUAUGUAUAUAACUGUUAAACAUUGCAUUGCUACUGUUUUUGUUAGUAAGCGCUUGUGAAUGAAGAAAUCACGACCUGUGCAGUAUCUGCGUUGCUUUCUUCAACUGCGGAAUUUACUUCUUCUGGAAACGCUUUUGUUUAUAGGCAUCUGUCUGUCUGUUCUUAUCUGCGUGAAAUAACAAGGCUGAUUCGGACUCGAUUUCCUGUUUGCAUUAGUUUACGCGGAGGCCAAGAAAAUAAAGGCAAGAUAUAUUUUGAUAAUAUUCGUGAUUAAUCUCUAAUGAAUUCUUAAUUAAUACUUCAAUUUUACGCAAGUACAACGUAGUGGUUCGACGAAAUGGCUGAAGUAUACAUGAAUAUUUUUUUCGGAUGCAGAUUGUGUGCCAAUGUGGAAGACAAUUGAACGACAACGCAUGCGGAGCCUAAUGAAAGUUUGAUUAAAUAUAAGAGGCAGAAAGAGAGCGGUUUGGAUCAGAGAGCGAACGGGUGUAACCGAUAUUUUAAUUGACAUAAAAGGGAUAAAAUAGAGCUGGGCAGGUCUUGUAAUGCUCAGGUUAUAUAGCCGGUGGACCAUUAGGGUUACAGAAUGGGUGCCAAGAGAAAGGACGCGCAGUCGAGGACGGCAGAAGACUAGGUGGGGUGAUGGAAUUAGGAGAUUCACGGGCGCUAGUUGGGGUUGGUUGGCGCAGGACGGGGGUAAUUGGAUAUGGCAGGGAGAGGCCUUCGUCCUGCAGUGGGCAUAAAAUAGGCUGAUGAUGACGAUGAGGAGGAGGAGAGCGAAAGUACGCGUGGUCCUUGACCAUAAUGAUCAAAAAUGCGAGAAUCGUUCACAAAUACGAGGCUUCCGAAGGUAGGCACAGAAUAUCCUCUGUCUUUCAGUAAUGGUGGCGCGCACCACGCCUGGUCGCUUCGACCUGUUCCCUCUCUAGCAGUUUAUUUCGCCCCCAGAACACGAAGCUCAUCCUUAAAAUGCGUCCUGCAAUAAUUCAGCCGAAGCUGCGUAGACACACUAACUGAGGUUUACAACUGAAUACAGAUUAGUGUGUGCCUUACACCGGUCAUUUUUUUUUUCUGUUGUGUGAUUGCCGCUAACAAGCACGUCCACGUAAAUUGCUUUAUUUGAUUUCGCAUUUUUCGGCUAAAAAUAAACUGUGUAGAAGUAUCGACGAAUAAGAAUGUAUUUGCAAAUUAAAGGCAAGGAUAGAUUUGACAACAAGGCUUUUAGAUGUGCAUCGCGGGACGUUCGCAAGAUUUGUUUAUUGUAGAGCAAAAUCUGAAAAAUUAGCAGGUGGUUGUGUCAUUGUGUCAGUCCUCAAGUCCUGAUCGCAGGAACAGGUAAUAGGCUCGUACUGACAUACGAGGUGAAGACCAGAAACUAUGGAACCUAAUUAUGAUACAAAAUUUUCGUGAAGAAAGAAUGCCUUCUGUAGCUUUUACCGUCUAGCUUUGCAACAUGCGCGCUCGCGCUGUCGUGCGUUCUCUGCUAUCACCGUAAGCCUGUUUUGUUAAGUACUGCGGUGGUAACACAGCUGUUCCAUUUCAGCGUUAAAGAUAUACCGCACCCAGUAAGCAAACAAGUACAUGUGCGUGAAUUAUUGUGAUGACGUAAGGCAAACAGUGUCGCUUUGUUCGUCGAAGGAUUUUGAUCGCUGUGUCUUGCAGAUCAUUUGACAGAGUAUUGUGCGCAGGGCGUUCAGAACUUCCGCGUCUUUUUUACUACUUGAGAAAAGGUCUGCUUGCAGAUACUGUAUUCAUGUACAAAACUAAUGGCACCGACGGAUAUAUUGUGCAAAGUCAGGAAUAUAUUUACGUGUAUGAAAAUUGCAGGCGCAGCGGAAACUACUCCCUCAUCCGUGUAAAAUAAUCCAUAGUCAUUGUACACUAAACCUUUUCUCUGUGACUUUUCUCGCAAAUAUGGAUUCAUUCAGUAUGGUAUAUCAAUAACUUUCUCAGAAUUUACAUGACCUUUGUCUUAGUUGCAAUAAAGAAUUGAACCGA